UCUUGGCGCCAAACCAUCCCCUCGCUUUCCUUUCUUUCUGAAGCAUCGAAGUGUCCACAAAACAAAUCUGUCAAACACAGCCUCACAAAAGAAAUUCCUUGUUUGUCAAGCAUCGUAUUGAUUAUUGAUACUACCGUUAGUCUACUAUCCACCAUUAUCUCCCUCAUUUCAGCUCUUUCGUUCUAUUAUCUUGUUGUCACAACCAUGUCUGCUUCAUCUUCUUCCACACCUCGCCUUCUGGUCAAGCGUCUCACAGACAAUGCCAUUCUGCCCGUUCGGAAAUCUCCACUGGCGGCUGGCUACGACUUGUCGAGCUCCGAGAACAAGACAAUCCCCAGUGGCGGCACUGUGUUGGUCAAGACGGGUCUCUCCAUUGCCUGCCCCGCUGGAACUUAUGGUCGCGUGGCACCCCGUAGUGGACUCGCCUACAAGUAUUCCAUUGACGUGGGUGCAGGAGUCGUGGACGCCGAUUAUCGCGGAGAAGUGGGUGUUAUCUUGUUCAACUUUGGCAAGAAGGAUUUUGAAGUUAAAGAGGGCGAUCGGAUUGCGCAGUUGGUGUUGGAAAAGAUUGCCUUGGCAGAUGUGGAAGAAGUCCAGGACUUGGACGAGACUGUGCGUGGCGCGGGUGGAUUUGGAAGCACGGGGGUUUCCGAUAUCAAAGAAGAGUCUGCCAACAAGAAACAGCGCACCAUUUCUCCCAAUCCAGAGGGUGAAGCCAAAAAGGCCGAGUAAAUCAGUGACCAUGCAAUGAUGAAACCAACCAACUGCUUACAUACUAAUAGGAACGAUUGAAUGACAAUGAAGGAGGAACUAGUUGACACAAGCACAUCCAGCCUAUGAGGAAAGAUAAUUCAUCUUUGAGCUUUGAGCAGUUUUUCAUGACACAAUGUCACAGUUGGCUGCUUGCUUCCGCCUCACAGAAUACAAUAGACUGACCAAUCCAUCCAGUCUCUAGCUAGAUGUAACAACCCUCUAGAAAAGAUCAUAUUAUAACAGAACGAUUGCAGCUUC